UUACUAGCAGCUGAUGCUAUGGUAGUCGGCACCGAACAACGAACAAGGCAUUGGGGAUGGCGGGUACGCUAACCAAGUUUUCCAAAACUCUAGGGCAGAUUUCAAGCAAAUCGUCCAAUUUCGCAGCUCCAGUGCAUCUAUCGCAACAUAGAAACUAUGCAGCGCAGCGCGUGGUUGCCAAGAAUGCAGUGGUGGAGAUGGAUGGCGAUGAAAUGACCCGUAUUAUAUGGGCCAGUAUCAAAGAGAAGCUCAUCUUUCCAUACGUUAAGGUCGAGAGUCUGUACUACGACUUGGGACUGCCCCAUCGUGAUGCUACUGAUGACCAAGUUACCAUAGACGCCGCGUAUGCCGUUCUCAAACACAAUGUAGGCAUCAAGUGUGCUACCAUCACUCCAGAUGAGGCUCGAGUGGAAGAGUUCAAACUCAAGGAAAUGUGGCUGAGCCCCAAUGGCACUAUCCGAAACAUCCUGGGUGGGACGGUGUUCAGAGAGCCAAUCAUCUGCAAGACAAUCCCCAGGCUGGUGCCUGGCUGGACCAAAGCUAUCAUCAUUGGACGUCACGCAUUCGGAGAUCAGUACAAGGCUACUGAUAUUGUGGUACCUGGCCCAGGAAAGGUGGAGCUGGUGUUCACACCUCAGGGUGGUGGGGAGAAGCAGAGGAUGGAGGUGUAUACCUUCAAGGGGCCAGGCGUGUCUAUUGGAAUGUUCAACACGGAUGAAUCUAUUCAGGCUUUUGCACACUCCAGUCUGCAGCUGGCACUGCAUAAGAAAUGGCCGCUCUAUCUGUCCACAAAGAACACUGUACUAAAAAAAUAUGAUGGUCGUUUCAAGGAUAUUUUCCAGGAGAUUUAUGAAAGGGACUACAAGGAACAGUUUGAAGCCGCCAAAAUCUGGUACGAGCAUCGACUUAUUGAUGACAUGGUUGCGCAGGCACUCAAGUCAAGUGGUGGUUUUGUGUGGGCUUGCAAGAACUACGACGGUGACGUGCAGUCUGACAUUGUAGCGCAAGGAUACGGUUCACUUGGGCUCAUGACAUCAGUUCUGAUGUGUCCCGAUGGUAAAACAAUCGAGUCCGAGGCAGCUCAUGGCACAGUCACGAGACACUACAGGCAACACCAGAAGGGUCUUCCUACAUCUACGAACCCCAUCGCAUCAAUCUUCGCAUGGACACGUGGCCUGUCACACAGAGCAAAGCUUGACAGUACACCCGAACUUGACAGGUUUGCGCUGAGCUUGGAAGAGGCAUGUGUAGAAUGUGUGGAUAGUGGGAAGAUGACCAAGGAUCUUGCAGGAUGCAUACAUGGACUUCCCAAUGUCAAGGAGGGGAUGUACCUCAACACCGACGACUUCCUGGAAGCAAUUGCCGAGCAACUCAACAGGAAGGUAUCUUCAAAAUGAUCAAGAGGACAUUAGGCACACAGAGGAUCAUUCCAAUGGAAACUAACUAGAGUCACAGGGAAAUCUGUGUAUUCACAUAAAUGUACAGUCAUUAAAAGAGAUCAGAAUAAGUGGCUAUUAACAACAUUUAACUUAAUAAUAAUUUAUAAGUAAUGUUA